GGGCUUGUUUCAAAUGUGUUGAAACUAAGAUAGUCUCAUUUUGGUCUGACUGUAAGCAAAAGGCGCCCUAGUUCCCAGACCGGCCUCUGAUUUACGACAGUGCCGCAAAGCGCUGGUGUUGUGGUCGGAAAUUUGGAUAGUCGUCCUCUGAGCUGACAGUCAGUCGCCCUUCAGCACAGCCAGAGAGCUCUUCUUUUCCAAACAGACGCUAGACAGGCCUUCAACCAUGGCAGGGGCGCUUGCACGGAAAGCUAUUGACCACCUGAAGAGCAAAGAAUUCAGGGAAUAUUUGAUGAGGUACGUUUUCGAAGCGGAUUUAUUCUUUUAGCAUGUGUGCUAAAGCAGCUAGCUGUAAAGUGAUAAGGUUACAGUUUGGGAAUAUCUUCUCAUGUCUCACAGACAAACCCUGUUUACCUUUCUUGUCAAACAAACAUGAAAGUCCGUAUUUGGCUUAAUGCAGUGGACUGACUUGUAGAUGUGAUUCACUCCUGCAGGUUAGUUUUCAAGGACGAUGGUGUCUAAUGUGGCAGUGAUUCAAUUUACGGAGAAAGUUGACUGAAAACGCUGAUUUAACUCAUCUGAACGUAUAUCUAUCUGAAAUACAUGCAUAUUAGUUUGUUAUGUGUCCAAAUGUAGGUGGUUAUUUGUGUUAGGACUGACAGAAGAGCUUGGUAAACAAUGAGAGGGUUUAACUCUGAAGUUGUGACCAUGAUCAGCUUAUCAUCAAGACAUUAAAACAUUUAGACCACAUUAAGGUAAACAGCAGAAAUCUCCUGAUCCUGUUGAACAGAUUUAGUGUAGACCACCUCAUGCUUAAAUGUCACACAUGUCACUUUUUCCCCAACUUGGAGACCAUAUUGAAUCUGGUGCUGAUCUGAAAACCUUAAUGUCAAGGCUUCUCAACAUUUACCAUAAGAGUUUGAUCCAAUGUAGUAUUAAAAAACUCUUAAAUAACUUUUAUUUUUGCAUUUGCACCAAUUGAAUAAAGGUUUGUCAGUCCUGAAAUUAUUUAUAGUGUCUACAGUGCCUCAGGAAUCAUUUAGGCCAAACCUGAAUAGUCUUAAGUAAUGUGGUUCUUAAUCAGGACCUAAGUCAAAUGUGGUCUAGACAGAAAAAAAAAUCAGUAAAAUCGCCUGUUUUUGUGGUUUCACAGUGUGAAUAAAGAUUUUACAAAUCUGAUAGUGUGUUCUUAGAUGUCUGUAGACUCUGUAGGAUAAGCUGGCCCAGAUCUGACCAGUCCUGUUGUUGUGGUUGUGGUUUAAGACUUUGUUGACAUUGCCUUCCCCUUUACAGUGAAAUCAGAGGCUGCAAAUGAGGCGCUUUAUUCAGCACAACAGGGGGUUAUUUCUGUUUGGUUAACACUGACCUUUUCCCUCAGCGUAUGUUUUCACAGUGUAUCAAACAUUUAUGGGACUUGAGUAGAAAUAGCUUUGCAGAGCUGGAGUGAUUCACACAUAAACUCAACAGUAUGGGACGGAUUCUCCUACUGAUAUGUUCUGAAUGGAUAUGAAAUCAAUAUGAAGAGUUGCUGUGACAGUUAUGGUUAUUUGGCUGCGUAGACUUACCCCUGCAGCAUUUCAGUUACUCAUGAUUAAGAGUAAUCGACAAGUGUAUCAUCUCCACUUUAAAGUAGUGUUGGUAGUUGUGGUUUUCGGCGUCAGUUGGACUUUUUUAUUCAUAUACUAAAAUGCCAUCUUCACAGUAGAAAUAAAGAGGUAGUUGAUGAUUUGACUGAACUGAACAUGUGCCUAAGGUUCUUUAGGUUUUACUUGUUCUGACAUGAUGGGUGAUUUGCCUGAAACAGACAGCUGGCCUAUUUUGAGAGGUAUCAGCUCUUACGUAACUUUAGCUCAGAUCUGUGUAAUUUAUCUGUGUUUAUAUUCUUUUUUCUUUCAUGUGACCCUGAAACACUAUCAAACACUGAAAAGCACGGUGAGUUUUCUUUUUGCCCAUCUGUCUAUUAUCUUAUCUGUGUCUGUCUGUGUUUCACCACAUUUAAGACUGCCUGCUAGCUGAUAUAUCUGUCAGCCCAAUCAUAAACUCAUACACAUUCAUCUCCUACUGCUUGUCCUAUAGAAAAUGUAAAUCUGUGUGUUGUCACUUUGUCUGUGCAGCAUUUCUGGGGUCCUGUUGCAAACUGGGGUCUCCCUAUAGCCGCCAUCACAGAUAUGAAGAAGAGCCCUGAGAUUAUCAGUGGCAGGAUGACCUUUGGUAAGACAGACUGACAUGUGUACUGAUAAAUCUAGAGGCCCCCUUUUUAUUGUUAACAUAGUUACGAUAUGGGUUGCAGUUAUGUCUAUUGUCUCAAGGUUCAUUUUUAAGACUGAAGAGAUCAUUUUAAGUGUACUAAUGCUGCAACUCAGUUUGGAUUUUUCCUCUGACCUUCACUUUUAUGGUUUAUUUUGAAAGAGGGAGCUUUCCUUUUGACACUGUUUGAACUUAAAAUCCCAGAAAACCUGGCAUUAGAGGUUUUCUGACUACCUGUUCUGUGCAGCUACAAUGAGGGGGGCAUACGUCUAAAUUGAAAUCUUCAGGUUUAUACCCUGAAUACAACUCUAGUUGAGAUUUUUGUUAAAAAACACUUAAAAUGUUUCUUUAAUGAGCAGUCUUUUCAAGUGAAAUAUAUAUAACGUGCUUAAGCAUCAGUAGAAAUGUCAAGCAGUCAAGUGGUUUACAAGAAUCUAGGACUAUAGGAAGUCUUUGUUGCCUGCCGAUAAUGAACUCUGACCUGUUUGUGUCCUCUCUCCUCUCAGCUCUGAGUUGCUAUUCACUGCUCUUCAUGAGGUUUGCCUACAAGGUGCAGCCACGCAACUGGCUCUUGUUCGCCUGCCAUUUGACAAAUGAGUCGGCACAGCUGAUCCAGGGAAGUCGCCUCAUCAAAUACAAGUAAGCAAGACUCGAUUUUUGAUUUUAGUGAAGAGUCUUUAGUAAAUACUGCCGCAAACAUAUGGCUUUGUAUCACUGGUAACUACAAAAUAGUAUCUCUGGUGAUGACUGCAUUUUGGCUUCUCGCACUACCAAUAUAGGAGGAAGUCUGAUUAUCUAUUUGGCACAUUUUGAAGUUUGUGCACACUCAACAGGUUUAUAAUAUAAAAAGUGUAAUCUCCCUUUUUACUUUGUUGAAACGGUUGAGUAUUUCAUGAAUGACUUAUGACUUUUACAUUUAGAAUAAUGCUAUAUGGAUUAAAGAUAGCUAGAAUUAUUCAUAAAGACAAAUGAAUGGAUUAAAUAAAGUAACGUGGGCUCUGUUUUCUUCUUUUACCAGCAUGGAGAAGAAGACGAAAUCUUAGUGGGAGUGCGUCACAGCUGCAGAAGUGCAGUUUGGCACCAUGCUGCUUCAACAGCCACCUAAACCUGGACAUUAAAACUCAAAUGUCAAAACAUCUUCUAACAGAAAAUUUGGCACUUACAUCAUUUUAAACCUUUUGUUAACAUGAUCCAUCACCCAAUGAACAGAUUAGGUCACUUUUUGCCACACAUACAGAAUUUAUGCAGAAACCUUUCCUCAAGCAAGAACUACUGCGGUAUCGAGCAGGGUUUUUUUUGUAAUCUUUAACAUGUCAAACAGAAGUGUAUUGUUCGUAGUGAAUGUUCAAUCAGCAGAUCAGCCUGACAGGUAGAUGCCUCGCACACUGGAUCAUUGGCUUUUGCACGCUUUGAAUGAAGGGAAAAACUAUCAUUGUUUUUUUUUCAUCACACCUCAGGUCAUUUUUUUUUCUCCUUUUAACCUGCUAAUAAGAGAAAAAAUCAUUGAAUUUUAGACAGAACUUAGCCCUGGGUCAGUAUGUGUAAAUAUUUCACUUUGUGCUAGAAUAUCACUGGCUACUGACCUUCAUUCAUUGACCUUCGCCUAACACCAGAGGACACACAGCUAAGCUUCUGUUUGUUUUGCCCCAGAGCGUGAUACUGUGCUGUUCCGUGUAAACAUAGAGUGUGUAAGGAUCCAAUUUCACAAGAUUUUAAAACUGUAUAACGAAAUAUAAAAUGAUCCAAGAAGAGUUCUCUUGAACUGCUGAGAAACUGCACACACUGUAAGACUGUAUAAUUAGUAUGGGAUUGUUUGUGUUUUAAUCCCGUCAGUGCUGACCAAACAUGUACUGUGUGUUGUUGUCAUGUGUCAUUCACAUUAAUUUAUUUCCACUGUACAAUUCACACAAUUUUCCCUGAUUAAUGAUUGGAUUCUUGGGUUUGUUCAAAUAAAGUGGUGAUGACCAGCCACAACCAGACUGAAGCAACUGAGUGAUUUGUAUGCAGAGACUCAUUCAAGUUUGAUGUUUAAUGUUCAGCUUGGAUGAGAAUAACAUUUACAUUUUCAGAUAGUUCAUCAUGGAGAGAUCAAUUCUUGCUUUUCCUUUUAUCACUGUGCUCUGUAAACUUUAGUUCUAUUUUUUUAGUUCUAACUAAUGAGAACUGUUGGGUCCUGGAAAUGGUAAUGUUCAAGAAGACACCAACACUUUUUUUUUGUCUGGAAGAAUAAUAGAAGAGCAUUUGGCAGGUAACUAUAAGACAGCUUCUUGUCAUGUGGUGGGUAAAUGUUUGAACCACAAUUAUGUGUAAUAAAAGGAAAAAACGGCUCAAUUUGCAACCACCAAGUUGCAUUUCUGCUUGUUUGCUGUUUUUCUGAUGUCUGCAUGUCAGGAAAAGAAAGGAAUGUGGGUGAUUAGCUCACUUGAUCGUUAUUAAACUAGUAGAUCCGGUAAUUCUUUUUGGCCAUUGGUUGACAAAAUAUAUGGCUCACAAACCCCUUUGAUUUUCCUGUGUGUCCCUCUUGGUAGCUGCUUACCCUGUUUGAUGAGUCAUAUUCAUGUUGACGUUGAUUAAAAGUUGAUCAUAAAAAAUAAUGAUUAAAAAUUAUGAUGAAUUUGUCUGUGGUGUACACCUUCUGGGUUUGUAUUUUACGUUAUACCUAACUACGGUGGCUGAGAACCGCCACUGUUACAAAUAAAAAAGAAUGCAAAAAAAAAAAA